GUGGUGUGUUUGGUUUGGUUCUCUGGAAAGUUCAUGGCUAUGCUUCUAGAUGCUGUUGUUGGAGCUUUGGUUGGGGAACUGCUGAGUACUGUUUUAGAAAUGAAGGACAAGGCUGUUAAGUUCACACCAACUCUGCAAAAAUUGCAGUCCACCCUGGAAGCAAUAGGACCAACGGUUAAAGAAAGAGAAGAUCUUUACAGGAAAUUGAAUCGGCCAGAGAAGGAAACGAGUACGCUGAUCGAUCAGAUGAAGAGUGGCAAGGACCUUGUUCUCAAGUGUUCUGAAGUCCAGUGGUGGAACUGCUGCUAUAAAGCAGAUUACCAAGAGGAACUUGAAGAAUUGAAUGCGUCGAUUUUCAGUUUCUUUAAUCUGAAUUUGCAAAUUCAGAUAGCGAGGGAUGGUGCUGAGGUACUCGUGGAGGUGAGAGAGAUUCGUACGGAGAUCAGAAAUAUUGUUCCAAGGAAUGAAAUAAGGGGCGUGUGCUCGCCUCCUAAACCCCCUGAGUUUACUGUUGGGUUGGAUGUUCCUAUGAAUGAGUUGAAGCUGAAGUUGCUUCAGGAUCAGAUUAGUGUCUCGGUUCUCACGGUGACCGGUUCAGGAGGUUUGGGGAAGACUACAUUAGCCAAAACGUUAUGUUGGGAUGACCAAGUCAAAGAUAAAUUCAAGGAAAAUAUCUUCUUUGUCACCUUUGGGAAAACACCCAAGUUGAAUACCAUAGUGCAGAGACUGUUUCAACACAAAGGUUACCAGGAGCCUGAGUUUCAAAAUGAUGAAGACAUGGUCAACCAAUUGGAACAUUUGCUAGGACAGAUUGUGAAAAGCCCAAUACUGAUAGUCCUGGAUGAUGUUUGGACAGGAUCGGAAUCUCUUGUUGAGAAAUUUGUGUUCCAGAUCCCAAACUACAAGAUUUUAGUGACAUCAAGAUUCGCAAUUAGAAGAUUUGGCCCUCUAUACGUCUUGAAACCCCUUGGUGAUGCAGAUGCUAUAAAUCUAUUUCACCACUCUGCAUCACUGAAUCAAAGCAGCUCUGAUAUUCCUCAUGAUGAUGUGAUUAAGAUAGUAAGAGGCUGUGGUGGUUUUCCCUUGGCCCUUAGAAUGAGUGGGAGUUCACUGAGUCAAGAGAAUCCGGUGUUCUGGCACAACAGGGCGAGGAAAUUGUCCGAGGGUCAUUCAAUUCUUGAUUCUAGUAGCGAUGUGCUUGAUUGUCUACAAAACAUCUUCGAUGUCUUGGAUCCUAAGGUCAUUGAGUGCUUCAGAGACCUAGGCUUAUUUCCUGAAGGCCAAAGGAUCCCUGCUGCUGCUCUUGUUGAUAUGUGGGCAGAACUGCAUCGAGAAGAUGAGGCCAAUGCAAUGGAGAAAAUUUAUGAACAAGUCAACCUAAACAUGGCUGAUAUUUUUGUUACAAGGAAAGUUGCAAGUGGCACAAUUGACUACAAAUACCAUUAUGUCACGCAGCAUGGUCUUCUUCGGGAGCUAGCUAUCUGUCAAACUAGCCAGGAGCUAGUGGAGAAGAGGAAUAGACUAAUUAUCGACAUAAGUGGAAAUAAUGUUCCAGAAUGGUGGAAUGGAGGGAAUGAGUAUCACAUUGCAGCCCGCAUAUUAUCCAUAUCAACAGAUGAAGCGUUCACUUCAGAAUGGUGCAACUUGCAGCCAACUGAAGUUGAGGUUCUAGUGUUGAACCUUCGACAAAAGAAGUGCAAGCUACCAAUGUUCAUGAAGAAAAUGAAUAAAUUAAAAGUUUUGGUAAUCACAAAUUAUGACUUCCACCUUGCUGACUUGGAGAAUUUUGAGCUGCUUGGUUAUCUAUCUGGUCUUAAACGAAUCAGAUUAGAGAAGGUUUCAAUUCCUUUCCUCUGCCAGACUGGAAUGCCAUUGAAGAAUCUGCAGAAGUUUUCUAUUUUUAUGUGCAAUGUGAAUGAAGCAUUUAGAAACUGUGAUAUCCAAGUUUCAGAUAUGCUGCCAAAUUUGGUGGAGAUGAACAUUGACUACUGCAUUAUGGUGGAAUUACCAGUUGGUUUUUCUAAUAUUGUCUUCUUAAAGAAGCUCAGUAUUACAAACUGCCAUAAGCUUUCAGCACUUCCUGAAGGAAUUGGAAAUUUGGUCAAUUUGGAAACACUAAGGCUUAGUUCAUGUACUGAUUUAGAAGAGUUGCCAGACUCAAUUACAAGCCUUCAAAACCUUAAAUUUCUUGACAUCUCUGACUGCAUAAUGCUUAGUAAGUUACCUGAGAAAAUGGGCGAGUUACGUAAUUUAGAAAGGAUCAAUGUCUGCGGUUGUUCGAGUUUAAGAGAAUUACCAUUCUCAAUCAAGGACCUUGGGAGCUUAAGGGAUGUGGUAUGUGAUGAAGAGAGGGCUGCAUUAUGGGAACCUUUCAAAACCAUCCUUAGUGAUCUAAAGCUAGAGGAGGUACAAGUUGAUAUGGACUUAAGUUGGCUUUUAUAAUUUAUAUUCGUGUGACACUUGGACUUGGCUACACAAUCAGAGGGAUCAAAAUAAGAAGAAUAAAAAUGAGAAGUAAAAGUAGCUUUCAUGGGCUGCAUUACAUGUUUUGAGAAGAGCCAGUCGUGAACUUCAAAAUUACUACUAGCUUAUGUUGUGGUUUUUUGUUCUAUAUUUUUUGAGUGAUUGAUUUUUGUAAUAUUAAAGUUCUUUGUGUGGAUAUGCUAUUUGUAAUGAAAUUUAAAGGAAUAAAAUUUCCAUAAAUUGUGUGCUCAAAAUAAUUUUUUCAUUC